GACAGAGCUGGGGGGCGACAGCGGGGGCGGACCGGGCCGGCCCUACGGGAAGUAGCGGGGGAGACCCGGCUGGGCCCGCGGAGGCCGCCGCCAUGUUCGCGGGGCUGCAGGAGCUGGGGGUGGCCAAUGGGGAGGACCUGAAGGAGACGCUGACCAACUGCACCGAGCCGCUCAAGGCCAUCGAGCAGUUCCAGACAGAAAAUGGAGUCCUUCUGCCCUCUCUCCAGUCUGCUCUGCCAUUCUUGGACCUCCAUGGUACUCCUAGGCUGGAAUUUCAUCAGUCUGUAUUUGAUGAGCUGAGAGAGAAAUUGCUAGAGAGAGUUUCAGCCAUUGCCUCAGAAGGAAAGGUUGAGGAAAGAUACAAAAAGCUGGAGGAUCUGCUGGAGAAAAGCUUUUCCUUAGUCAAGAUGCCAUCUAUACAGCCUGUGGUGAUGUGUGUCAUGAAACACCUGCCCAAGGUCCCUGAAAAGAAACUGAAGUUAGUGAUGGCAGAUAAGGAUUUAUACAAAGCAUGUGCCGUGGAGGUGAAGCGCCAGAUCUGGCAGGAUAACCAAGCUCUGUUUGGCGAUGAGGUGUCCCCAUUGCUGAAACAGUACAUCCUGGAGAAAGAAAACACUCUCUUUAGUAGUGAUCUCUCUGUCUUGCACAACUUCUUCAGUCCCUCUCCAAAAACGAGACGUCAGGGAGAGGUGGUUCAGAAGCUGACACAGAUGAUUGGGAAGAAUGUGAAGCUAUAUGACAUGGUGCUACAGUUCCUAAGAACAUUGUUCCUUCGGACGAGGAAUGUCCAUUACUGCACGCUACGGGCAGAGCUCCUGAUGUCGCUGCAUGACCUGGACAUCAGCGAGAUCUGUACUGUUGAUCCCUGUCACAAGUUCACCUGGUGCUUAGAUGCCUGCAUUCGGGAGAAGUUUGUGGAUAACAAGCGAGCUCGAGAGCUGCAAGGGUUUCUGGAUGGAGUGAAGAAAGGACAAGAACAAGUACUUGGGGAUUUAUCAAUGAUCUUGUGUGAUCCCUUUGCCAUUAACACCUUAGCUCUGAGUACCAUACGGCAUCUGCAAGAGCUGGUUGGGCAAGACACCUUACCCAGGGAAAGCCCAGACCUCUUGUUGCUGCUAAGGAUGCUGUCUCUAGGACAGGGAGCCUGGGACAUGAUUGACAGCCAAGUCUUCAGGGAGCCUAAAAUGGAACAUGAGUUGAUCACCAAGUUCUUGCCGAUGCUGAUGUCUUUUGUGGUGGAUGACUACACAUUCAACGUAGAUCAGAAACUGCCAUCAGAAGAGAAAGGGCCAAUUCCCUACCCUAGCACCAUUCCGAAGCUUUACCAAAAAUUCCUUCAGGAGCACAGAAUAGCCUGUGAGGUUGGGCAAUAUUACAUACUUCACAUAACUAAACAGAGGAACAAGAAUGCUUUUCUCAGGCUCCUGCCAGCACUUGUUGAGACAUUCAGUGACCUGGCCUUCAGUGAUAUUUUCCUUCACCUGCUCACUGGUAACCUCACGUUGCUGGGUGAUGAAUUUGCGCUGGAGGACUUCUGUACCAGUCUCUUUGAUGGGUUCUUCCUCACUGCCUGCUCAAGAAAAGAGAAUGUUCAUAGACAUGUGCGAAGAUUGCUACUUCACCUGCAUCACAAAGUGGCACCUACCAAAUUAGAAUCACUCCAGAAGGCUUUGGAACCAACCAAGCAGAGCGGCGAAGCUGUGAAGGAUCUUUAUAACCAGCUCGCAGCGAGAAAACUGGAUUCGCAACCCAGUCCAGCCCCGGUGGCUGAACCUCCAUCCAUGGAACUGACUUUGCCCACAGUGCCCACCCCAGCGCCGCUCUGAGCCACAUGGAUGGGACUCUGAGAUAAGAGAAACUAACCUUUGCAUCCUGCAGAGUGGAGGCGUUUCAAUGUACUGCUAAGUGUCCUCUGGCUACCAUGGUGGAAACUUACACUAAAGCCACUGAACCUUUUGCAGAAGCAGGACAUUGUCAGACACUGCAGUUUGUCCUAGAGCCCUGUCUCUUGCUGGCUAGAAGGCUCAGUAUGCAGUGUGUUGCAUAGAUUUACUUUGCCUAAGGAUAGAUAGGUGGCUUCUUGUGGAUCUACUCAGCUUGUAUGAUUUUUUUUCAAAAGACUAGUCUUAUUUUUAAACUCUGUAUCUUCUUGCAUUUUUAGACUUAGGUUUUUACUGCCCCAGAAAAUUCUGGUUGUGUAAUCAGGCAGAGGGA